GCACACGUUUAUUUUGAUUUCUUCCCUACCCAGGGAGACAGCACGCUUGCGCUAAUUGCCAUGUAAUUACAACAUUAAAGAAAAGCUUGGGCUUGUCAGAAUCAAUACAGUAAUAUAACACAUCUUCCUCAAGGUGGCGUCGUUUUUAGGGGCUGACUAUCAGAAGUCAGUCAUCAUGACAACCCAAGCACCCACUUCGGCAGAUGCUUGUUUAAGUAUUGUCCACAGCUUAAUGUGUCAUCGGCAAGGUGGGGAAAGUGAAAGCUUUUCCAAGCGAGCAAUUGAGAGCUUAGUUAAAAAACUUAAAGAGAAGAGGGAUGAGUUGGACAGCCUUAUUACAGCAAUCACAACCAAUGGUGCACAUCCUUCAAAGUGUGUCACCAUACAGAGAACUCUUGAUGGGCGAUUACAGGUGGCAGGUCGAAAAGGAUUUCCACAUGUAAUAUAUUCACGAAUCUGGCGGUGGCCAGAUUUACACAAAAAUGAACUGAAGCAUGUGAAGUUUUGUCAGUAUGCCUUUGAUCUUAAGCAAGACAGUGUCUGUAUCAAUCCUUAUCACUAUGAGAGAGUUGUCUCACCUGGCAUUGAUCUUUCAGGUCUGACUCUGCAGCAUGCGGGGCCUCCUGGGCGUUUGAAGGAUGAAUAUGGGGGUGGAAUGGUUGGAGUGGGUGUUGGUGUACCUCAGAUUGAGGCAGGACCAGCCCAGACAGUGCAACAUCCACCACAAGAACCAGGUUUUCCUCAACUCAUGUCAGGCAUGACUAGGCACACAUCCAACCAUCUCAUGAAUGGUUUUUCAUGUUUUCAAGGUCAGCAGGGGGUGGCAGCCACAGUGGGCCCUCCACCCAGCAGCAUGGGGGCCAGCGUCAGUGGCCCCACCAUGGCACACACAGUUCUUCCCCCUAGUGCUGGGGCCAGUCAUCUGAAUUCCCUACCACCACCCUCAGCCCACCCUUUGUCGCCACCCACACAGCCCCUAUCGCCUCCUUCACAGGUGGUCCCCACCUCUCAACACCAGCAACCACAGCCACACCAGAGAAUGGAAGUGCCGCGGCCCAGUCCAGGCUCACUUGCUCCACCUGUGAGCUCACCAGGUGUUCCACAAGUUCCUUCUGGUCCUAUGCCACACCCAAUGUCUUCACGGGGGGACAGUUUUCAUGGGAACCACAGCUUACCUCAGUACUCUAAUGCAAAUCUAAGUCACUAUCCUCGCAAUUCAGCUACCACAUGGGCUGGAAACAACACAGCAACCUACACCCAAGUACAGUCUCAGUACUGGGCCAGUGGUCAGAUGCAAGCUGAAAUGCAGGCAGCUCCCCCUCUCACUAAUCAGCUACCUCCCGAGUUCUGGUGCACCAUCACCUACUUUGAGCUGGAUCAGCAAGUUGGGGAGACAUUCAAAGUUCCCUACAGCUGCACAGUGGUGAAAGUUGAUGGCUACACAGAUCCCUCAUCUUUGGACCGCUUCUGUCUUGGCCAGCUUUCUAAUGUUCAUCGCACCGAAGCCAGUGAACGAGCAAGAUUGCACAUUGGCAAGGGUGUACAGCUGGAGUUUAUUGGUGAAGGUGACGUAUGGAUCCGCUGUGUUAGUGACCAUAGCGUCUUUGUACAGAGUUUUUACCUUGACAGAGAAGCAGGCCGUGCACCAGGGGAUGCUGUUCAUAAAAUAUACCCCACUGCUUAUAUCAAGGUGUUUGAUAUCCGACAGUGCCACCGCCAAAUGCAGCAGCAGGCAGCAACAGCACAAGCAGCAGCAGCUGCACAAGCUGCAGCAGUCGCUGGCAACAUUCCUGGUCCUGCCUCUGUUGGAGGUAUUGCUCCGGCGGUUGGUUUGUCAGCUGCAGCAGGAAUAGGUGUUGAUGACCUUCGUCGUCUGUGCAUUUUACGCCUGAGUUUCGUAAAAGGUUGGGGUCCUGACUACCCUCGCAAGAGUAUAAAGGAAACCCCAUGCUGGAUUGAAAUUCAGCUUCACCGCCCUCUACAGCUGCUAGAUGAAGUUUUGCAGGCAAUGCCCCUCAGUGACCCACGGCCUCCACGGGGAUUUUUCUUGGGAUGAAGGGUCAGGCAUCAGAAAGGAAGGAUUGUACUAAAGUGUUUGCUGGAGUUGCAUGUGUGAGGAAACACUUGCUUCUUGCUCAUUUUGCAGAAGGUAGACAAGACAUGUGUUUGCAAGAGAUACUGAAACAUCUUCACAAACAGAAUAGGAGGACAGCAUUCACUCAAUUUACAGUAUACGGAAAAAGGUUAUAUUAUUAUGGUGUACUGUAAGUGACAGUUUACAGCCACAUUGUAUUGGUGAUGUUCAAGUUAAUUUUGAUUCCUUUGUUCCUGGCAUGACUUAUUUACAAACAUUUGUGUGAGCAUGGUUUUAAAUGAGGCAAACACUAAUGAUUUACUUGCUGUCACAUGGCAGGCAUGAGUAUGACAGAAUGGGCAAAACUUUUGAUGGCUGCAGUUUGAUGGCAGGUGAGAGUCAGUGAUCUUGAAUUCAGAGCUUCUGCUCUGGUAGCAACAUUUGACAUUCAUCCCUAAGAGGUUUGAGCAAUCAAUGAAGAGAAACUGCCUUGUUAGGCUGUAUUAUAACAAUGCUAACUAAUUUAGUGAUUGUGUCUUUUUUUAAAUGGAUUUUUAGCACAGUUGGAACUCAGACAUGCAUAACCAUGUUCCAACUGACAUCAGUGAUAUUUACAAGGGUAUGUUUGACUUGUGGAAAUUCACCUUACAAAUUUUUUUUGCCCCAGGAAUGAGGUACUAUUGUAAAGUAGAGGGAGAGGGAGACUUGCUUGUAAAUGAAAUCUUGGAUACUUGGAAAAAAUUCACUUAUCAGCCAAAUGCCAUUCUUGCAGAAAUGUCACUUUUUCUGUCAUGUCCUUGCCAAUAUGUUUGCUGCUUUGUGUUUUUAUUGAAGUAUCUACUUUUCAUGUUCUUGUUGAAAUAUUGAUUUGUCAAAGAUGUCCUUGCUAAAAUGUCCACUCAUUUUUCUUGUUCUUAUUGAGGUGUGUCAUGCUUUUGUUGAGGUAUCUAUUUGCCAUACUCUUGUUGAGGUGCACAGUUGUCUAUAAUGCUCAUGUUGAAAUAAGCAUCAUUUCAUGCUUGUCUCAUGCAUCCUGUAUACUGAGCACAUUUCAACUCAGUGUUAAGUUUAUAGCUAUGGAGAGAAGUGAAUUUAGUUUUUUUUAAAGCAGCACAAAAAUGGUAAUGAAUAGAAGUUAAAAAUAUGUGACAAAUGUUAAGCUUUUGUAAAAUUUAGUUGCAUUUUUUUUAGGGAUUAUUCAUUGUUUCUUAAAAACAGCCUCCUAAAGUAUUGAUGUAUCAACUUAUGUGUCAACAAUGGGUGGGAGGGUGAGGUACAUCAUUUAUCUACUGUUGUAUUUUAAAGUUUUUUCCCAGCACAAUCAUUGCCAAUGCAGUGUAACAUAUGGUGUUGAAGGUAUUUUAACAUUUGCCUCACAGGAGAUAAAUAAUCAUAAUCAUCUUAAUCAUUGUUGUGGUCACCACCACUACCAGCAGCAGCAGCAGUCAUCAAUAAUCAUCAAUCAUUUAUCAGUCAAUCAUCGAUCAUCAUCAUCAUCAUCAUCAUCAUCAUCUUUUAGAACUCAACCUACAACCCCAGCAGAAGCCUUUGUACAAGCAUUAUUCUUAUGAAUUUGUGCAGACUAUGACUACUGUUCAUAUCUAUGAUUCUGUCUGCAUGAUUAGCAGGUGAAGGGUAGAGAGAUAUUUGCUGCACAUUUGUAGAUGGUCAGGGAAGUUGUUUUGCAGAUCCUGAAAAGAUAGCUGUGUUGUAGGUAUUUAGGGCAUUCAUGUGUCUCACAGUUUAGUUUAGUUAGUUUAUUUCUUGUUGCUCCUUUGAGGAGCAUAGGACCACAACAACACCUCGCCAGCGGACCCGGUUUUGGGCAGCCCCUUUCAGCUGGGCCCAGGUGGUUCCGAUGUCCAUCUCAAAGUUUAAAUGCUUGCUUAUUGUUUUAUUAUUCAGUUGAAUUAUGGUGGGACGAGUAGGGAUAUUUCUAGUUCUGUUGAUCUCAUUGGGUUGUUAAACUUAAAAAAUAAACUUUCUUUUUAUGGUAGUCUCAUGCUUACAUAUAUACUACUCUUAUUUGGAGCCUGCAGACCCAAUAUGUUAGGUUGAUCUCAUUGGGUUUUAAAACUUAAAAAUUAACUUUUUUAAAAUGAAGCAGUCUCAUGCUUAUAUACUAUUCUUAUUUGGAGCUUGCAGACCAAAUAUGUGUUAAUUUUUGCUUUAGGAGUUUUAAGGUUUAAGCCAUUUUACCUCACAGGUGUUUUUUCUCUUUCUUUCUUGACCAUAUAGUUUAUUUUUUUUUUAAGUGCAGUUAAUCCAUAUAAGUUUUGUGUGUACAUGAAAUUCCAUUAAACCAUUAAAGAGUGUGUGAUAUAACACAAGGAGAUUUUCACACCUCUUCUGUGCUUUCUCAGAUCUCCCCUAUGACUGGCAACUAUAAACACCAUGCCAGGUUUGGGAGGCAAUGAAUUGAUAAAUGAUACUACACAAAUAACUUGGUGCCAUUGUUUUAAUGGGCAGAUAGUGAAAAGGCAAAUCUUUUAUUUGCUUUUAUAAACUUAAUGGUAAGAUAUUUCUGAAUUGCAGUUUGUUACGGUAAAGGCCUCUCUUUUAUUGCCGGUCUCCCCCCCCCCCACUCUUUUUCUGAUAUUUCAUCUUUUACAGGCAGCUCUGCUUGCUUUUGUCUUGACAAGUGUUUAGUCAUCGUGAUGCUUUACAGGCUAGCAUUAGCCAUUAGAGCUUGAGCAUGUGGCAUCUCUCCACAUUUUUGUGGCAUCAGAAUGUUUGCAUUAACUUUUGGCCUGUAAGCACAUAACUGAUCUUUUCUUGAUGCUUCAUUAUUCUAAAACUUAAUGGUCCAAAGCUAGCAUCAAUAUCUCAAAAGUCAGAAAUAUCAUAGAAUCAGUUGAAGGUGCACUUUUAUAUCUGCUUUUUCAUCAUAUAGACUUGCUCACUACAAAUCAAAACACAAUAAAUAAUAAGACUUAUUAAACAAGUGUUGCCUUUGAACAGUGUGCAUGAUGUUAAUCACACACUCAUCAUACUACUACUUCUAAUUUAGAAAGUUGAGAAAGUAAAAGCUUCAGAGCAGAGCAGCAAGAUUUAUGUAAACUCUUUAUGCAUUACUUUUUUGCACUGUGCCAUGGUGGGAACAGCAUUAAUAAGCAUAAAGAGGCUGUCACUUCAAACCCAAACUUUUCUUUAAUUUUUCUUAGAUAAUUUUAGAGGCUAGUUGCCCAGUCCUAUACCUCAUUCAUAACUUUUGUUAAGGGUAUAUUUAUGUAGACUUCACAAAAUGUUUUUAAUCUUUACAUCCACAUAGUAGCUAUGAGAGAAUAUAUCUAUAUAAAAGUUUUCUGUCUUGCUUGUGGAAUUGUUUUGUUUGAAUAUGAAAUGUGGGUAUAUUAUUUGGGAUAAAGUAUGCAGGUCAUUAACACAUUAACUUGGGUAUUAAUGAUUGAAAAAAAGUAUGUAUGUAUGGGGGUGGGUGGGAAGUUAAUCCUGUGGGUUUGUCUGUGAAUUCAUUAAAGGUGCAGAUGGCUGGGUUUUUUUUUUAAGGUUUAUGGUUUAUUCUUAAAAAGCAAAUCUUUGAAAUUGUAUACAGUAUGUUUGUAUUGUCUUGCUUUGUGUAUCACUCUAAAUAAGUGACAUUUUGUUUUAAUGAUCACAUAUUGCAAACUGUUCAUUCCCACAAAUUCCCAUUACAUCUAUAUAUUUUUAAACUCUUUAUCCAUUUAAUUAUAUCCUUUUAGUAUCUACAUUAAGGCAUUGAAUACCAUGCAUGUCUGGUAUUGUUCAUUGUUGUAUAUCUUUCUUCAUAUUUUUGAUUUUCUCUGUUCCACUAUUUCACAUUUUGUAGCAAAAAGUACAUAGUUUAGAACAAGCAUGUCAGCAUGUAAGAUUUACUUUUUUAAGUAAAAUGAAGUGUUUUAUAUGUGAUAUUUAUACAAUGGAAUUUAAACAGAAAGUAUGAGAUUGACUGUUAUUUUCUGUUUUGUUCUUAAUUUUUAGAAAUCAGUCAGAAAAUAUGUGGUUUUAAGUUAUUUGUGAGAAAAAAGUUUCACAGCCAUGAAAGCAGCCAUUAAAGCUAGAAUUUUUGUAAUAUUUGUAAAUUUAUAAAUGACUCAUCAUCGCUACCAUCGUCGUUGUCAUAACCCUCUCAAUCAGUUUAUAAGAAAUUAAUGCACAUAAAAUAGUGUAUAUUUAUGAAGAAGAAUCACAUUUUGAAUGAAAAAUACAAUACAAUGUGAAAGAAUCAGCGAUUAAAUUAAACAUUUAAAAAAAAAUUGGUGUACUGAGUACAGUUGAGAAUGGGAGUAAGGGGACAGUUAAGUAGAGAAAAUAAUUCACAGUUACUAAAGCAUGUGCUUUCUUGCUGUAAUCAUUCCUCUAGAUGGUUGUUUGUUAACCUGCAGCUGCAGGAUAAUAACACUUCAGGAAAUUAUGUCUGAGAUAUAUUAUGCACUAAAGAGUAGUUAAUGGAAUUAGGAUUAAAAUGUGUGAUGCCAAAAACAUGAUGAUGAAAAAGAUUUGAUGUGAUCAUGUCAACCAGUAUUUUAAAAUGGUUUGUUAAGAAAUCAUUGAAAUUUCCUUUGCCAAAGAAACCCAUGAAUGACAGUUGUGACAGUUAGGAAAAAUUAGAAAGAGUUUGAAAAAAGUAGAGACUCUUCUGUUUCUACUACUGUUAUAAAAUACUUUUACAAUAUAUGAACUCACAUCAAAAUAUUGCCCAGUGCUAAUAUUAUUAACUAGCCAACAAGUCACAUGACAUUUUAGGAACACAGAUAAAAUAGGUACUGAAUAGAUUCCUGAGAUCUUAUACAGACUACUGUUCUUGAAAUAAUGAGUCGGUUGUAUACAAAGUUGGCUAGUUAAUGGUUUUGUUAAAUUGCUUUUAUUUAAGUAAAUGUUUUUCCAGGAUAAGUAUUCCUCCCUGCCAGCAUUGGACUGUACUACCUACUUUCAUCCUCAAGUAUGACCAGCAACAACAUAACCUUCAUUAUUUGUCUAUUCUCCUUUUUUGUUGAUCCCCUUCCCUUCACACAAAAUUACAUACUUCGAUGCUGUUCAUUUCUUUCCACAUAUGCAACACACCUUUGACAAAAAUUGUGUUUACAAGCAAACAGUUUUAGCUUUUCAAAUGUGCUACAGCAGUAUUAUCUGUUAUUGGAAUGGCAUUUUUGAUCAAUAAUCUUUAGUUGUUGUCAUUGAAAAAUGUUAUUGCUAAAUGAACUUAGAAAAGAAACUUGUGGUCAGCUAUCAUUUUUGAAGGAACAUGACUUCGGUCAUGUAACUAUAAUAAUAAUAUCUUUAUUUUAUUGAACAGUCUAUAGUUAAAGCUGCUUCAGAAAAAUGUGUUUUGGAUAAAUGUGUUUGUGUUGCAUGCAUACAUAUGUGCAUGUUUGUGUGCACACAUAUACAUAAACAUAGAGCCAUACCAUCAUUGUUUACCUUUUACUUUUCAUCCCACUGUUGCAACAUUCCACCCUGCUAAUAACACAUCAUAUACAUCCACAGAAGCUUUAUGAUUUAUUUUCCAUCCCUCUGUUGUUUAUGGUUUAUAGUUUGGCACUUUCGAGUCACUUUCAGGUACCAUACUAACUCUAAAACAUUUUCUCUGGAAGUUUACUUUGCUAGUUUUAUUAUCCCACUUUAUUUCAGCCUUUAGCAUUAAUUUUGAGGGAUAAUUUUUUAUACUCUGACUUUUAAAAUAGAUAAAAAAUAUAUAGAUUUUCUAUGUUUUGAUUGAAAAUCAAAUCAGAUAUUACAUUAUCUGCUGUACAAAUUAACAUACAAGUCAUGGCAGUCAUUAUUGUUACUGUCAGGGUACAUUUUGUUGGAGGGGUAUGGGCAGACGUAGAGUAACCAAAAGUCUUACAUUCCCGCAUAAAUGCUUACAUGUCAAUUGAUCUGGCAAGAACCUUGCAUUACUGUUUCUUUCUUUGGGAAGCAUACAUUUUCCACUGUCCCAACUUAUUCUUGCUUUUUCUUCUGUGAGGAUUGUUUGCAGGAUGAUUCACUGUACCAACAUCAUGCCAUCUGCUGACAUCAACAAUAUUUUUAUUAUUUUAUUAUGGGUAUUGAUGCAGCAUAUUACAAAAAAGCAUCCCUUUGUGAACUCGGCUCCAUUGUGAGAUUCAUUUAUAGAAAUAGAGAAUCUUUUGCUGUUGUCAGUGUUUACCCAAAACUGUGUAUGCAUGCAAAGUUUUCUUUUUUUUUUAGAAUAAAUGAUUUCUUUUGUAAAUAAGUUUAUCAAGAAACACAACCUAGGCCCAUAGAUUUAUUGACAUUAAACAGCAGAAAGUUUUAGAUUACCAGGAGUUAUUUAGUAUCUAUCUAAUUCUCUUCGUGCAUCAGGUUGCACAUAAGGCCUCAACCAGAGUCCGCCACCGAUGUCGAUCGGCUGAAACCCGCUCUAAGUGACCCCAUGUCCAGCCCUUUCCUUUCAUCUCCCUUUCCACUGACUAUUUAUUAUCAUUUAGUAUCAGCAUACUGGAAAUUGAAAGUGUCUAAACUAAUUUAAACCACAACCCAAGUACAAACUGUCAUAGUGUACUCAAGACGCAUUAGUAUCUGGUUUGAAAAGUUUGGAUUUACAGGCACAACCAGUAGAGUGGAUACAAUCCAGAAAAGUGACAAGUAUGAUUGUUUGAAACUCUUUUUACUGAAUAUUUGUUUGCAGCCAGAGGAUUUGUUCAUUAACCUGCACUAAAGGUUAUGUUGCACCUGCAGUUUGGACAGUCAGUUGCAGUGGACAUUUUGAAAUGAUCUAAGAUGUGAGAUGUUUGAAACUUUUGUUGAUCUGGAUGUGGAGUAUUUUUGCAAUGAUCUUCGAUACAAGGUGUUUGUGAAGCAGUUUUGUAAUCAUUUAGGAUGCAAGAUGUUUGUUAAGCACUUUUGCAAUCAUCUAGGAUACGAGGUAUUUUUGAAACAAUUUAAAAAUAAGCGACCCUUCUGAUAAAGUACUACUUUUUGUAUUUACUGCUCAAUUCACAGCUUUAAAAUUAGGAGUUCUCAUCCACAAAUGCAGAUAAAGUAUAUGAAAAAUGUAUUAUCAGUAAUUGAAUCAUAAAUUUCCUCCUCUUUUUUUCUAACGACUUUCUAUUUACUAUCAGAAAGAUCUUAAGCUACAGACUGCUUAUGGAAAUCAUUGUCAAUACUACCUAUACUAAUGUAUACUAUUGAUGUCUUUACUACCUUUAAGCCCUGCUUCUCUCGCUCACAUUUACUUCAUUAAGUUUGUAACAUGAAGCAGGUAGUCUCAUUUGUUUGUAUGUAUGCAUGGAUAUGGCACUGUCUUUGUAGUUUGCUGCCAUAUUUACUUUUUUCCUCCCUUCAUGUGCUGAAGCAGGGAUCAGGAUUGAAGAUACGGUCCUCACUGUAAUAGUUACUGACAGAAAAAUAAAUUGACAGUAUUCUAACAAAAGUACUCAUGUUAUAAGUCUUCCGAAGGAAUUUUAUGUCUUUGUGUUAAUUAUGGUGUAUGAUAAUACUAUAUUUUAAAGCUUUCUUCCAGUCCCCAGUUAUGCCAGCAAGCUGCUUCAUGAAAUAUCAGAGUAAAGUUUGGUGUGUGUGUGUAAAUCAUUUUUACUAGAUCAUCAUACAUUGUCUUUGGUACAAGCAGAUAAAGAUGUACUUCAAGCGCUUUUUUGUGCUUGAAAAUGUGAGUUUGCUCCAAGAAAGAUGGAUUUUUAUCCUUUUUAAUUACUUGUGAGUCGUGUUCUCCAGAAUGCAGCAACCAAACAGCAUUUAACUGUUGUCUGUGUGUCACAUAUAAGUAGCUUGACUAAGAUAUGAGGUGAUAUUAAAAAGAAUGAAUGAGCAGGUUAUAUAACUGGAAAAAAACGUUUUUGUGAAACUGGUGUCUUGACCUCUUAUGCUGUUACGUUUGUUCAUAUUUGGAUAAAUGUUGUGUUAAGACACGUUAAAGUAAUGGAUGUGAAAAAUGUAUAACAGUGCAGCAUGUGACCAGUACCUAAUAUGUGUAACAGUGCAGCAUGUGACAAGUACCUAAUAUGUAAUUAUGGAGCUGUAACUUUGUGCAGAUAAUGGCUUCAAGUUUUUGCCAUAUCUAUUACAAGGUCUUCUGAUUCUGUUUUUGAGCAUCUAAUUCCAUUUUGGUUGCUCUCCACAAAGCAGACCAACAAGACACUUUCAAGAUUGUUUAAAUAGCUACAUUAUAUGAUAUAAGCAUUUUUUUCAUUGAAUGAUUGAAAAUGCAUUCAUCAGCCCACCUUGUUUUACGGGAAAACUAAUUUUUAUGUGAAGUUGCUGUAUUCUGAUGAUGAUAGUGUGCCUAGAUAUUCUCUUUUUAAGGUUAGUUCAACACAGAGUGAAUUUUUUUAGACAUAAAAAGUUUUUAUAUUGCAUCUAUUACCAUUCUUUCUCAUUUCUGAUUUAGUGGGGUAUGUCACUUAUUUCUCCUGUUACUCUUUUGUAAUAAACCUAUGAUGUCUUUGUCCAGUGUUGUGUAUUUCUAAAGUUGGUUAAGUGUACUGCCUCUUGUGUGGUGGAUACCACUGAAAUAUUAAAGCAAUUACCUCAUGUACAUAGUUUUCUUACCAUAUUUGCAGGGACAGCUAUUUCAACCUGCCUUUGUGAAUUCUUUAUUGAACAAAACACUAUGCUCUGCUGAGUAAGAAACAAAAACUGUUGCAAAAUGUUUCUGUGACCUUGGUAGAAUUUUUAUAUGUACUCAUCAUUAGAUUUUAGAUCACUAUACUUGUAACAGCAUGUCUUAAAGUGUUGAUCGUUGUGAUGACACAGUGAACAGUGUAACAACUGGUCUCUGUAGGACAGUAUUGUAAGCACAUGCCCAGUGUAAAUUUAGUAGUGUUUUGAAGGAAAAGCUAUUGCUCUUGCUAAGUGCUGUUUUUGUUGCCUGCUGGUUAGGAUUCGCCUUUCAGGCCAAAUUUAUUUGCAAGUGAACACUUUUUUUAGUUUUGUUUUUGCAGCAAAUUUUUAGUACUUUCCUUAUCCCUCUACAAUCUAAACAUAUGUAAGAAGGGUGUUCAUAUAAAACAUGCAUUAUGCUUCGUUCAGAGUCUUAAAUGUUGAAAUUUAAGAUGGAAGUAAAGCUAAACUUAUUGAAAGAAUAUGAGAAAAUGUUGAACGAUUAACUGAUUUUCCAUGGUGAACUAAAAACAACCUAUGGCUCUUGGCAUAUAUCUAUAUUGUUUAAAAUCGCUAUUUCUUACCAGAGCCCACAUCUCUUUCAUAGUUUCUGAAGCAUUUACAUUUAUAUUGAUUUAAAAAAAAUGAGGUUAAUCUGUCAGCUUACAAUAUUGUCAUUAACAGCACCCUCUAUAUGAGUUAUUCAUGUUGUUGAACUAAAAGCACCUGCAUUACACAAUAUAUCAUUUAUUGCACAGUGUAAGGAUAUUAAACCAUAGCUAGGUUAAAUCUGCAUACAAAUACUACUGUACUAUCCAUUAAAUGUGGUGGUGUUGACCAUAUUUAAAUAUGUAGAUAAACAAUUUUCUCGGCAUGCUUAUGUAAUUGUUUUCAGGUCUGAAUGAAUUAUAAGAUUAUCUGAGUUGAAGAUAUGCAAGAGAAGAAACAAAAAACAGAUGGAGACAAGUUUAGGAUGUUUUAUAUAUUUGAUACACUGCACUGGGUAAUCCUUAAACAUUAUUAGCUACAGGCUGAAGACAAAGGUAACUUUUCUGCUGUCUCAGAGUUUGUUUUCAAGAUGAGGGUGUACCUUGUAUACUUGAUUUCCUCUCUGAAACUGGAAAAUGGCUUAUUUUAUUUUGUUCAUUGGAGGUCAGUGUAAUUUUUUGGUCACAACUUUUGCAGUCAAAACUUAAUGCACAUUUUUUAAAUGUACUUUUUAAAGGCUGUUUUGGUUGCAUAAAUUGCUAUUAAAUUGCUUUUGUAAAAUCUUGAAGUAUGAAAAGAGCCGAAUGUUGGUGUGGACAUACCUUGAAAGAAAUACUUCAAAACAAAUUUCUGAGAUUUUUGGACAGUACCUAAUCAGUUUUUCUUCUUUUUUUGUCCACUUUCUGUCCUGCACAGUUUGUGUUGCUUGCAGCUCUGACCAGAAGUGUAUAGUUUUUGGAAAAUGCAUCACUUUGUGUUAUUGUGUUUGUUCAGAUUACUGCAUUUACAAUUUGGAUAAAGAUAACCUGCAUUUGCUUUACUUACUUAGCAGUCAUUGGGAGCUUUAGUUAGUUGUUCAGCUUGUCUUCAGUCUGUAUCACAUCCUGAUGAUGCAAGCUGGGCUGAACUUUGUUGGCUGGGAGGUAAGCAUAUAAGUGCUUUUAGUGUGAAGAUUCUACAGCAUUCUAUGGCCUGUCUCCAGAGCAAUUUUCAUGUCAGUUUGAUUUAAAAGUAAUCCCAUUCCCAAAAGUAGUUCUCUGGUCCAUAAAUGUUGUGGCAUCAUAGCCUUCCAUAUGCCUGGCAUCCAUAUCUGCUUGUUCCAUAUCUAAAAUUCAUUUACAACUUCCCUGAAGUAGACUGCUGUUCUCCAUAUCCCAAAAGAGAGAGAGGGAGAGCAGGAAGUACUAGUGGCAAAUAUUUUAGUUCUUUUCUGGGUAGUGGUGUAACAGAUUUUUUUUCAGAAAAAGUUUUUGUCUUAUAACAUGGCUUUCACAUUGCAUUCUUUCUGUGUUCUAAUUUGACCAUACCUCAUGAAAAAGAUUUUCAUUCUGUUUGAUAGUAACAUGGCAUAUGUCCUCUCACUACAGUUCAUUUGUUUAAAGAAAAUCUUUCUGAAUUCAGUUCUUAGUAGUUAUUUUCAUAAAGUUCUUGAUGAAUAGUUUUUAAAAAAUUGCUUUUAGUAGCUCUCAACUUUAGUAAGAAGAAAAUUGCUUUUAAUGUGUAUUAUUUUUAAGCUUUUCGCAGAUUGAGAGAAUAUUGCUUUCCCCCCGCCAACACACACUUUUUGUGUUCUUUACAAUGACAUACGCAAUGAUCAGAUCAAACACACAUCAUAAGCCAAUUGUUAUUGUCAUCUUUCAUUAGUGAUGUGGUCAUGUCAUUCAUAUGUUGUAUAGAGCUGUUGGUGUAAAUAAAUGUGGUUGUUAUCAGAA